AUGUUGUCUUCGUCCGGUACUGAAAAAGGUGCAAUGACUGGUUCAGCGUCAGGAGUGUUCGACAGCUACAAUGAUACUGUUUUAUCUUCUGAGAAGGGUGUUGCUGUGGUUGGAAGCUCGAAUGUUGAUCUCACUUUUAGAGUUCCAAGAUUUCCCAAAUUAGGCGAAACACUCUCUGCUCUUUCUUUUGAACAACAUUUUGGUGGUAAAGGAGCAAAUCAAGCAUUUUGUAUCUCUAAAUUGUCUUCAAAGGAACCACGUGUGGUAUUUGUUUCAGUGGUUGGAAAUGAUUCUUAUGGAAUUGAGAUGAAACAAUACUACAAGGAGAAUCAUUUCUAUCAUGUGGACAAGAAUAUUCACACAGCUGUUAAAAGUUCAAGUAUUACUACUAGUUCUAGUACUACUAGUUCUACUACUAGUACUCCUAUUGACAACAACAAUACUACUACUAUUGCAACUACUACUAGUUCUACUACUAGUACUACUAGUACUCCUAUUGACAACAACAAUACAACAACCAUUCCCACUGGUCAAGCACUAAUUUUUGUUGAAAAUGAAUCUGGAAAUAAUUCCAUUGUUUUGGUUGGAGGUUCUAAUGAUUUAUUUAGUGUUGAAAUGGUUGACAAGUCAUGGGAUGAUAUUUCUCAAUGUCGAGUAGUGGUAUGUCAAAAUGAAACACCACUUCCUACCACUUAUUAUACAUUGAAAAGAGCAAAACAAGAAGGAAUUAUUACUAUUUUCAAUGCAGCACCUGCUUUAAAUAUUUUGAAUUUACCUGAAUCAUGUCGUGAUUUACCAAAAUAUGUGGAUUAUUUAAUUUGUAAUGAAAGUGAAUCACCAAUAGUGAUUGGAAAGAAUCCUCUAGACUCUGAUUUUAUUCAAAAUGAUACUCUCAUUGAAGAGAUGUGUCGAGAAAUUCAUGAAAAAUUGAACAUUCCAAAUGUGAUCAUUACAUUGGGUGAGAGAGGAUGUGCUGCAUUGUAUUCACAACAAGAUGAUUUGCAAAAUGAUGAUGAGAAGGAACAAGGUGUUUCUUUACAAGACAAUACCAAUCGUAGUGAUAGUGGUGGUAAAAGUAGUGGUGACGAUGGUGGUAAAAGUAGUAGUAGUGGUGGUGAUGAUGGUACUUGUUCUUUACAAUUCAUUCAUGUGAAAGGUAAAAAAGUAGAACAUGUGGUGGAUACCACUGGAGCUGGUGAUGCUUGGGUUGGGUCUUUUGCAUAUUUCAUUUCAUGUGAUAUUCCAAUUCCAGAUUCAAUGGAAUUAUCGAAUUUUAUUGCAUCCAUUACUGUUCAACAUGCAGGAGCUCAAUUAUCAUACAAUUCACUUUCUCAAUCGAUCAUUUUAGACAAAUUGUGA